CGAGGCCCAGAGGCGAGGCGGAAGCUGGCGGGCCAAGGCGCGGGGUGGAGUCCGCUCUGGGAUGCGCGCACUUGGCGGUUCCUUCUCUGGUGGUACGGAAGGACUGCGUAGGUUGGCUUUUCAGAGCGCAGUUCCCGGUCCACGGACCACAGGGUUUUCUUCCCCCCGGCGCACCGGUCCAGCUUUGGGGCGCUCUGACCCCAGCCGGUUUUGGCGGUGGCGCCUCCGGAACACAAUGCGCAUGCGCACGCCGAGAGGCUGAGGCCCGCGGCGGAAAGAGGGCUCCGCCUGGGGACUGAGAGCGUGGGUCAGUUUGGACUCGAGGCGGGCCUGGCGGCGCUCUAUCCCUCCCCCUGCUGCUGUGGCUCGCUUCUUUAACUCGCGAGCAUCUGGCGCGCUGUUCUGGGUUUCCACGUGGGCCUGCCCACCGCCAUCUUAAAGCUGUGCCAAGGUACAAUCAACAGUGAUUAUCAUACAGCUGGAAAGAAAGGCAGAGAUAAUGCUUUUUAUUUUAGAUUGGGCAAUUAAGCAGAAACUGCAGUUUUAGUAUGAGGAACGGAGGUGGAAGAACAAGCCGAAUCAGAAGACGAAAACUCUUCACAAGUUCUGAAUCAAGAGGAGUGAAUGAGAGCUACAAGCCUGAAUUUAUAGAGCUUAAGAAGUGGCUGAAAGAUAGGAAGUUUGAAGAUACAAACUUAAUACCUGCUCGUUUUCCAGGUACAGGAAGAGGGCUGAUGAGCAAAACAUCCCUACGGGAGGGCCAGAUGAUUAUCUCAUUGCCUGAGAGUUGCCUGCUCACCACGGACACAGUGCUUAGAAGCUACUUAGGGCCGUGUAUUGCUAAGUGGCAGCCUCCUCCAUCUCCUGUGCUGGCUCUUUGCACCUUUUUAGUUUCAGAAAAGCAUGCUGGGGACAGGUCUCCCUGGAAGCCUUACCUGGAGGUUUUGCCCAAGGCCUAUACCUGCCCUGUUUGUUUGGAGCCAGAAGUGGUGAAUCUUCUUCCCAGACCUUUGAAAGCAAAGGCCAGAGAGCAGAGAACCCACGUGCAGGAGUUCAUUUCUUCCUCCAGAGACUUUUUCUCUUCCCUGCAGCCUCUGUUUUCGGAGGCCGUCGAGAGCAUCUUCAGCUACAGUGCCCUCCUGUGGGCUUGGUGCACCGUCAACACCAGGGCUGUGUACAUGAAGCGCGUGCCGAGGCAGUGCUUUUCCGCAGAGCCGGACACCUGCGUGCUCGCCCCGUUCCUCGAUCUGCUGAACCACAGCCCUGACGCCCAGGUAAAAGCAGCAUUUAAUGAGGAAACUCGCUGUUAUGAAAUUAGAACAGCUGUGAGCUGUGGGAACCACCAAGAGGUGCUCAUCUGCUAUGGCCCUCACGAUAACCACCGCCUGCUCCUCGAGUAUGGAUUUGUUUCCGUCUGCAAUCCUCAUGCUUGUGUUUAUGUCUCAAAAGAUAUACUUGUUAAAUAUCUUCCAUCAACAGAUAAACGGAUGAACCAAAAGAUUUCCAUUUUAGAGGAUCACGACUUUAUAGAAAAUUUGACGUUUGGAUGGGAUGGACCGUCUUGGCGGUUACUCACAGCUCUUAAGUUGUUAUGUCUGGAAGCUGAAGAAUUGACAUGCUGGAAAAAAGUACUUAUUGGGGAAAUAAUUUCAGAUACAAAUGAGAAGGCAAGUUUGGACAUAGCCCAGAAAAUAUGCCAUUAUUUCAUCAAGGAGAGUAAGGCUGUGCUUCAAAAGGUUUCUCAUAUGAAAGAUGAAGAAGUGGCUUUGAUAAACCAACUAACUUUGGUAGAAACACUGUGGACAGAAGAGCUGAAGAUUCUCCAGGCCUCUGCUGAGACCCUAACCAGUUUGCAAACAGCUUUUACGUAACUUCACCGAAGCGCAGGUGAUCACCUCCAAUGGAGGUGGAAUUCCUCUGGGGGUGAUCUCCCUGGCACUCAGACGCUCUUGGCUUGAGGCUGGGGUAACACAGGUAAGAUGCUUCCUGCACUUCUUUACAUGGCCAUCCUCGGUUUUUGAGCUCUGCAGGAUUUUUGAUGCUUCUUCAUUGUAUUCCAGAGCUUUCCCUGAGCUGUUUUUGUUGGUUUACAGUUGUUUACUGUUUUUGUGAGUAGAUGAACAUUGGGACCUCCUAGCCCUCCACCUAGCUGAUGUCACCUCCCUCUCACAUGCAGAGCUUUAAAAACUGCAGAGGCCGGAGUCCCAUCCCGAGGGUCUGAUUUAAUUGGUCUGGGGUGUGCCAACAUCCUGGGGGUCCUAAAGCUCCCAGGUGACUUUGCUCUUCACCAGAGUUUCCUUUCUGAGUCUCUGGGCUAUAGGAACAAGCUCCUUUAACUUCUCCCAGCUGGAACAUUCUGGAUUUUCAAGCCUACAGUUACAAUAGUUUUGGGAGGCAGGAGAGAGAAUGCCAGUUGCUGUUCCACUGAACAAGUUUAUGCUGCCUAAAUAAUUUCUAAAAUAGUACCAAUCCCUGCUGAGUACAGAUUAAUCCAAAGCACAAGUGCUUAACCUUCAGUUCAGCCAGGACAGUGAAAUAUGAGUGGCCAGACCACAGCAGGUGCUCAGUACGUUUUAGUUCUUUUCACAAGUCUCCUUUAAAAACUCGCUAUACCUGUGAGUGUCCCAAGUGUUACGGUUGAUGCCUGAAAAAUACGAAAUGGAUCUCUGAAUCUGUGGGACUCUUGCAGUGAGCUUGAGACACUUCCACCUUUGAACACUGGAUGGCGCAAGAAGACCGCUGGGCUGAGGAUGCUGACUGAGGUCCUGGAGGCUGCCGUCAAAAUCAGGCAACAGGGAGUGCCAUUUUUUUUUUUUUUUCAGAUGUUAGGAUCCAGACAAGGCAAACAAGAACUCUAUGUGUUGCUACUGGGAUAAAAUGCAGGCUUCAUAUUCUCUUGUGGGCCGUUGGAUCUCCUGGAGUGAGAAACGCAGACCGAUAGACAAUAGUUCAAGGUGAUGGCUGACAGAGAAGGGAGCUGGCCAGAAUUUUUCACACCAGGUAGCAGGUUUUAAUUAAUUUUUCACACCGGCUAGCAGGUUUUAAUUUCUAUUCUAUUUAAUUUCUAUCACUGGGAGCAGGGAGACAGGUCCUGACUUACAGGCAAAAAGAGCAAGGGUGGCUUUGGAGUUUAAACUGACCACCCACACAAAGAAAGGAGGGCAACUCUUGUGACCCCUCUUCUGCCAGAUGCUUCUAGAAUUAGAAAGUGGUCCAUUUGGUGGAGAGCUGGAAAGGAGCCACUUCUUCCCAACCAACGGGAGGGCUGCCUGUCUGUUGUUAGAGGCGUGCGUUUGAUCUGAGGACAGAGCUUCAAAGUAGAGUGAAAACGAUACCAGGGUGUCCUUGGACUGCUCUGUCUACAGGUGACUGACAGGCUCCAGAUCCCACGUGGCUGGGGCAGUGACGUGACCCAGCACACAUCACCUAGUGACUGCACAGUGGUGGUGGGGGGGUGCUCCUUUGAAACGAUCUCUUUGGUCCGCUGGACUUUCCCAGUGCCUCUGUGAUCUGUCCUUCCAUCAAGAUGAAUUCAACUUGCAGAUCAGGGGAGCUCUGAUCACGGUUUCUCCCUUCUCACUCUCUUCUCCUUCCACCCCUCUUGCUAUUUAUACACAUCCCAGCCUUGUCUCAAGUGGGUGUUUGUUUUCUCUUGGGCAUUUCAUCUAGAGCGUGCUAGCAAGACCUGGAUGAGGCCCUUACUAUGGUAUUGAAGUUUUUCCCCUUAUUUGGAGGAGUAAACUACAGAUGACAGUUUCUCUGAUUGGAGUUGCCUUACUGGUGGUGGCUGGCUGUUUGGGAAACAGAUCCUGCUUCAGAGUAUUCAUGUUGGGAUAAUGAGUUCUUUGUGAUUGUUGUGGUUCAAUAUUCAGGCCAGGGGACCACACCGUAGCCCAGGUUGGGAGCCGUGGCGCACAUGGACACAGCCAUCAGCAGAAAUUGUAUGAAAAAGGAAAUAUUCUGUCUCUGUAUUUACAAGGCAGUGUUUCUGAUACCAGUGGGAGCAAAAUAUUGGCAGUGAGCAACUGUUAGAAUUCAUCAUCUUUCUUUUACAGUUUGCUAGUGGCAGGAGUCUAUGGGGGAGGCCACUGCCACUGAAAAUGUCCCUCAGGAAGCUAACGAAGCACUGGCAGCAUCUCUUAUUGGGGUGGCUUGCCCUAGAACCCUGCUCCUUAAAAGCUGGUCUGGAGACCAGCAGAAUCAACAGUACCAGGAGCUUGUGAGAAAAGCAGAGUCUCAGGCCCUGCCCUGAACCUACCGGGAGCUAGAGAAGCAGUGCCGCAGAAGUGUGACUGGCUCUGGGGUCCAAGCCAUUGUGGUAGAGAAUUCCCAGUCUCCUGGACCAGUCGGUCGGACCAUCAGCAAGCCAUCUGGCGCAGUUGGGGGACGCCCAUUCUUGACAUGAGGGCGCUGUUCGUGGGGCCCUGGGGCUCUGCUGGGAGGAUCCACGUGGCCAGAUCCUUGGCGAUUAUCAUAGUUUUGCCCCUUUGACUUUGGGGGACGGCUGUUCCCAAAUUCCUCGGAAGUGCCAGGGGAGGUGGCCCGACGGAAGCCACCCAGCUCCUUACCCCCACCCCUUGCUGCGGCUGCUGGGCAGUCAGCUGUGGAACCCCAGUCUUCCUAACGUCCAUUUCUGAGGUUCACAUUCACGGGGAAAAAAAUAGAUCCCCGUGCAGCGGUGUGGUUUUGAAUUCCCUGAGCCACUGCAAAUGCAUGGGGGCUGGUGGGCCUCGAGUGGAAGAGUCCAGGGGCUUUCAGACCCGGCCAUGGUGUUAACUUAGGAGUAUAAAGGAGCCUUCAUACACCUACAGCUUCUUUCUGGCCAUUUCCAUGAGCUGCUUUCUGACUCCCUACAGCACUAAGGUUGAGUGUAGGGAUGAGUUUCCUUGGAGCCUUGAAGAACGAGGCAGUGGUGGUGGUGGGGAUGGAUUUGGUCUUCGCUUAUCUGAGGCCACCCAUGGGUUCUGGGACAGAAAGACCGCAGAAGCGGAGGAGAUUUCGGGAGAGGUGGGCCGUGGGAAGGAUCAGACAGCUUCACUCUGAGCGCUGGCUGUUCCUUUUCUUUCUUGUGGCCUGGGUUCCCUGCAGGUUCUGACAUGCUCCAAGCUCAGAUCCCAGCCAGCCGGGGGUGCUGGCAACCCAGGGCAUUCUGGCCAGGUUGAUUUCACGGCGUUGUUCUCACCCAUUAGCUCACAUUAUGCAGAAUGGGGUGGGGGCAGUGCCUGGUGUCCUUUCCUUUGUUUAUAGACAUAUUUUUCUUUGUGAGGGGAAAAAAAGAGCUGACUCCCUUUUAAGGGACACGAAAACUGAGUUUUGUCUUCUCUUCCUAUUACUGUCAAACAAAAGUCACCUUAGAACUCUCGAUCACAUGGGGCCUGUCACUGGCAGGAAGCGAGACCUUCCCCUGUGAAUGUAUAACUUACAGUAAGUUCUCAGCAGACCAAAAAAAAUGCCUUUUAUCAUGCUCUGGUUUUUUUCCUCCCACUGUUUUAUUUCACUUACAACAUCACUCAGGCCCAAAUGGUAUUUGUCAGGAGUAAUUGGCAAAUGCUGGAGGCUGUGUUCAAGGCUGCCUGAGUGGAAAAUCUCAAAGCCGUUGUCCAUGUUGAAAGAAAAUAUUACAUUUGAUCUUUUUUUACGAUUUCUGCAGACAUGAUGCGUGUCUGCAUUCUUUAGCCUUAUAACCCUUUAUAUUUGAGGGACAAAAAAAAUCCCGGCAGGAAGUAGCCCUUCACAGCUAAUUUACAGUAUACCAAGAAGUAACCACAACACAUGAGAAGUCAUUUUAAAAACAUGACCAUGAUUUAUUUUUAUUAGCCAUCUAAUAAACCUGCACCGGUUUGCGGGUUCUUAUACAUUGAAUUAUGACUUCAAGCUUCGCGUUUCAUGUCUCCUUCUACUAGGAUGUUUAUUCUUCUGGAUAAAAAUAUUCCUAAGGUUGGUGGCAGCCAUCCUUGGGAUGCUGGGAUGCCCUCUCACGCGGGCUCCAUUGGAGGCUACGUGCUUCUCUGGUGCAGGACAUCAUGUAACCAGCAAAUGAGAAUCGUCUGAUCAAACUGAGUCCCAGAGAGCAGAAAUGAUGCAUCUGAGGGCCAGGAAGUGAAUGGUGACAGGUCUCCCAACCCAUAAGUCUUCAUACUGUAUCAGACAGUCCCUCUUAGGUACACAGCAGAGUGUAAAUGACAUAGUUUGGAGGCUUUUUAAGGUCACACAAUCCAACAUAAAUUUGCCUUUCUCCAUGUUCCACAUGUGUAUAAGUAUGUACCUGUGAGGAAAUGGCACAGACCAAUGACGAGGACCACAGAGCUUCCCACCUCGAAUCUGUGACACGGGGAUAAUUCUGGAGUCAUAACACACACAUGUUAUAGAACACAUGUUACGGUUGGGAGAGUGUUAGAUUGAAGAACACAUUUUACAGAAAACUCUGGAUCAGGGGUCAGCCAGCCCCUAUUUUUGUAAAUAAAAUUUUUUUUCUAAAUGCAGACUUCUAAAAACUUGUGGUAAAAUAGGUGUAACAUAAUAAAAUUUGCCAUUUAACCAUUUUCAAGUGUAUAAUUCAAUGACAUUGAGUGCAGUGUUGUGCGACCAUCACCAUUAUCUAUUUCCAAACAUUUUCUAUCACCCCAGCAGAAAUUCUGUACCCACUAAACCAUAAGUCCCCAU